UGAGUCAUUCUUAAAACUUUUAUCCCUCAAAAACACUUAUCAAGAAAAGUAAUAAUAUACUCGUAGAUGAUAAAAUUCUAUACAUGUCACUAAAAUAUCUAAUAGAUGACGACACACCUGAUAUUCUCAAACACUCGAAAUAUCUAGAUUGUAUCAAUAAUAUUUUCUCUAGCGAUAACAGAUUUUAUCACGCUAUUUUAAGAUAAACUCUGGUCUCAUCCCAGUUUUAGUCAAUACAAUUUUUUUGUUAACCAGAUAACCGUGUUCGAAGUUUUUCAUGAUUACAAAAAAGUGUCUUUAAUAUUUAUUUUCAAAAAUGGCAUUAGAAUCUAGAAUUUUCAGUGUUCUAAUAAUGUUUGUUUUAGUAUCGGAUAUUUUAUGUUCGUGCAACAGUGAGUGUUUACGAAAACGGAGUGAAAGAAUUUACGGAGGUGUUAGUAGUAAAUGGCAUUCCUUGCCUUUUCAGGCAGCACUAACCCUUCAAGUUGGGGCGGAAGGUGAGAUUGGUUUUUGCGGCGGGUCUCUCGUACACCCGCAAUGGGUGCUCACCGCCGCACACUGUUGCUUCCACGGCGACCAGCAAAUUACACAGGGACAGGUAGUUCUCGGUGCACAUUCGCUGUACGACCGAUUUGAGAACGGUCGAAGAAUGAUCAACGUCGAGGAAAUCGUUGUACAUCCAGAUUGGGACCCAACCACGUUUGGAAAUGAUCUGGCCCUUUUAAAACUCGCCAAUACCAUCCAAAUGUCGGAUACAAUAGAUAUAAUUCGGCUGCCAUAUUUGGAAACCGUGACGUGGAGUUUCGCAGGCGAAGGAGCUACUGCGUCCGGAUGGGGUAUUGCUGCAGAAGGUGUGACCUUCAUAUCUCCAACUCUUCGAGAGAAGACGCUGACAGUGAUGACAGACGACCUCUGCAACACCACUUUCUUGGGCCACUUACCUGAAAACACUAUAUGCGCAUUUAGUUCUACAUCUGCUGGCACUUGUAAGGGUGACAAUGGAGGUCCACUGACAUCGUUUUUUACCCGGACCGAAGAAAUUAUUUUGAUCGGGGUGACGUCAUUCGUCGAGGUUGGCGGCUGCAACAACCGAAUGCCGUCCGUUUUCACCCGGGUACAGCGCCACUUACCCUGGAUCAACGAGAUCACUGGAAUUGCAUUGAACUGAUCUACCCUUUCGUAUUAUAUAAAAUGCUAACUUUAAU